AUUUUAGAUCGGGAUCGACAUUCACAGCGCUAACCUUGACUUUGUAAGAAUGAAAAACGAAGAGAUUGGUUUAUGAAAUAUUCAAAGAAUAUCACAACAGAUGGUUUUUCGACAUUUAUUAAGGCUUCUGCACAAUGAUCAGUUUAUUCAAAAGCUCGCAGAUAGCCGACCUAUAAGGCUCGCAGCCAAAUAUACUGUAGGAAUCUUCCACAGGUUUAAUGCAGGAGAAAUUAGGGAUAUCUUAGGAAAAAUACAGAAGAUGGCUGAAAAUGCAACGAAAAACACACAAAGUUCUAGCAGCACACCACGUAAACAAAUUGGAUUUACAGAGACAUUUAAGAGGGAACUUAGAGAGGGGUUCAAGGAACUAGAGAAAAAGACUAAAAAACAAUAGACAAGAAUGUAGUGAAGAGAAAAGAAACAGUAUUUUCUGUGAUGAAUGAAUGCAUGCUUGUGUGUGUAUGAGAGAUUUUAAUAAAAUGUGAAAAAAUUUG